AUGAUGCGAUGCGGGAUUCGAAUGAGCACACUGGUUGAAAUACUACCACCGAGUCAGUGCAAUUGUCAAAAUCCAUGUGAACAAGUGACCUAUUCGAUUGAAUCGAUCACACAAGCUUUGAAAGCACCCUUGUUUGCUCAAUCCACCGGUAUAUUCAAUUCCGCGGUCGAUGUCAACGAUCAGCUUUGGCAAACUAAUUCGAGGAGUAAUCCGUCCACCCUGGGUACGAGUGACGAUUCCGAUCAACUCAACAGUCCGGGAAAAUCAAAGUCAAAACGUUCAUCCUCGACGGGCGGAUUGGAAGAACAUAAACGAAUAGUAAAGAAGCGCAUACGUUUUGAGUUCCUUUCAGGUCUCGAACUGCUAACCACCGGGUCGGGACCUUUGGGCUACACGGUUGACGGUCAUCUCUUUGCGUGCUUCUACAAUGUCCCCGCGAAUUCACUUUUGAUCCAGUAA